CAGACACACAACCAUGAGAGAGGGGCUAGAGCUACAUGAGGAGGGGCUGAGAACAUCCACACCACUGCUAAGAGAGAGAGAAAGAACAGCCCACGAGGUGGAGCCAAGGAACAAAAGAGGAGGGGCCAAGGACUACAGAGAGGAGGAAAAAGCAGUUUGUGGAGAUGUGAGGAACUAUCAAACAGAAGAGCCAGAAGAUGCACCUGAAGGAACAGUGACACCUGCUGACUCCGUCCAGGAAGCACUGGAUGAGAUGGAGGAAAGGUGCAACAGAACAAGAGAGAAUCUCAAACAAGCUGAUCACAUGACAAGGGAAGAUUUCAAACAGGCUGUGGACUCAUUGCAACAGGAGCUGGAUGAACUAAUGGGCAAACGUGAACCAAUGCAACCACACCCAAGCCCACAUGAUUAUGUCCAGCGGAAGCAGUACAAGCAAGUAGCUGGGACACUGGUCAUGCAAGAUAUAAAAUAUCCAGAUGACCGAUUUCAAGUUCUCCAAACACAAAGACGAAAAGGAGAAGAUGAGCACAGAUUAACAAGGACAUCAAGAAGGGCUGAAGCCCCAAGAUUUGAGUGCCCAAUCCUCAUCAAGCAAGGUCACGCCCAAUACAUACCCUGGGCAAGUGAAGACUUGGACACUUUGGUUUCCCGUCUUCCAGACAUUCAUGAAGGUGCUGGAAAAUGGAUCAGAACAUUUAAAGAAGAAACAAUUGGAAAACUUCUGGCCUUGGGUGACAUCAAAGCCCUGCUUGCUAAGUACCUGGGAGCAUCCAAGAUGAAUGACAUCCUCAAGCAGCCUGGCCCCCUUCAAGCAGUGGACAGGCCUCAAGCAGAUGGAGUCUCCUUUGACAAACAUCAACGUGACAUCUGGACGAUCUGCAAACUGAUCCAGGGUUCCUAAAAGGGGAGUCA